AUGGUUUCGGAGCGUUCGAACGAUCGUCAGGAAUUGUACGAGUCGGCAGUGGCUUUUUUGCGGGAUUCUAGCGUUGCAACGGCCCCUUUAAGCAAGAAAGUCGAGUUUUUAAAGUCAAAGGGAUUGACUUCGGACGAGAUAAACCAAGUAAUCAAAGAUGCAGAGAAGGUAGGGAAUGGUGGCGGUGACAAUGCUUCCACCCCUGCAGGGCCAACAGCUGGAACAACAGCGUUAGAGACAGCUCCUUACUACGAAACUAUGCCACCUCCGUUGCCAGCGCGAGACUGGAGAGAUUAUUUCGUGAUGGCCACUGCAACUGCAGGAGUUUGUUACGGUGUGUAUCAGCUUGCAAAACGGUACGUGAUACCUAACCUGGUGCCGGAACCAAGACACAAACUGGAACAGGACAAACAGGCUAUCAUGGAAGAAUUUGACAAAGUCGAGAAACUGCUUACGACGAUCGAACAAGAACAAGAAGCGUUUAAGAGACAGGAAGCCGAAAAGUUGGACGAGCUGGAUCGUACCGUGACAGAUCUGCAAACUGCUUUAGACGCCACGUCCAGAACUAGAGAACGUAUUGAAACUGAAUUCAGAAUGCUAAAGAUGGAAAUGACCACUUUGCAAGGAACCGUCGACAAAUUUAUCUCUGAAAACAGUGGUUCUCGUGAGUUUACGAAAUUGAACGAUGAAAUCAAUUCUUUGAAGAAUCUGAUCAAAAACAAUAACGUUUUGAGAUUAAAAUCACCCUCGGAGAAAUCCGCUGUUUUGUCGCCUGCUGGUCAAGCAGCGGUGACCAGUAUAGCUCCUGGUGCCACGACGGUCCCCUCAGCAUCCGAAAUUCUUGCGAAGAUGAAUAUACCUAAAAAUACCGACGCCGAUCAACCGGCUUGGAAGAAAAGUCGCGAAGCACUUGCCAUUCCAGAAUGGCAGAAACAAUCGAGUCAAAAAGAACGUACACCGAUCCCGGACUGGCAAAAGGCCAUGCUGAACGCAGAAUCGCCUAGUCCAGAAGAGGAGCAAGCCACUUGA